CAAUGGAGGAGUAUGCAGCAAUUUUCCCUCCCCCUGUCAGAGUUUGGGACAGGGUCUGCAGGACUGAGAGACAUUGUUUCAGUCUGUUACACUCACUUGAGUAAUAAAGACUUUCCAAAGCCCCUUGCACACUUAAAAACAACCAUUCAGGAGGAGGAAAGAUCUGUAAGUUUUUGUCUCUCCUCAAUGUCAAGGAAACGGCCCAUUGCAGUACAACCUGUUAUUUUCUAAAAUGGUCUGAAGGGAUGCCCGAGACCCAAUGGAACAAAUGAACAAGUGAUGGACAUAUUAAUUUGUAUAGAAUUACUCGUAUAUAUCAUAGGGGACAAUUUUUAUGGAUUGAAGACGACGUUUAUAGUGUCUGCCACUGUCAAUCUCCGAACAAGAUGAACAAAAAGUAUCUAUAACACUCAACAUUUUGGUACAGAUUAAGUUACAGUGAAUUCCAAAUUCCAAAAUGUUAUUUCCCCAACUCAGAGAUACUCCCAGAUUCAUUCUCAGCCCAAGUGCAGCAAGACAAAUCCAUGAACCAGUUUGUGCAUCAGAACUCGGUGUGUGAGAAUGAUGAGACAGUCACCCAUCCACCUUCACCGACAGACGAGUAAGUCUCAGGAGAUGUUAAACGUGCUCAAGGCCAGCUCCCACUCUCCACCUGUAAAACUAAAGUGAGCAUUUCUCGGCUAUCACCGUCUAACGAAUUCGUGUAACUGCAUUUUUGAAAUAAAAUUGUGCUUUGCAAAUUUUUAAUGAAACAACUCGAUGUUGAGACCAAUCAGCUCCUUUUGCCUGCUUGUUAGUCGAGAGGUAUAAUGCUAGCAGUGAAUUAGUGGGUUCAACUCUUUGCUGCUCUAGAGGAGCGCCCGAACAUCCCUGAACAGGUUACUGAAAAUAUCUAUUUUAAGAGGAGUGAUGAGUAGCGGCAGUACAUGAAUUGUUUCUUAAUCAGCACAAAGGGUCCAGCGGCUACUUUCUGCGCUGUAACGAUUCUAUUCCCUAUGACCAUAAACCCCAGAAGAGAAGUAGACAAUUCAUAAGUGAAUAAAGGCAAAAUACAGAGAACGCUGGAGAAACUCAGCAGGUCUGGCAGCAUCCGUGGAGAGAAGAACAGUUAACGUUUCGAGUCCGGCGUGAUUCUUCCUCAGAGCUCUGCUGUGAAAAUAAAACAAAGUUGCUGGAGAUCUGGAACACACAAGAAUAGAAACUGUUGGAGAAACUCGUCAGGUGUGGCAGCAUCUGUGAAGAGAGAAAACAGAGCGAAAAUUUCGAGUUUCAGAAAUGCUGCGGGACCGGACGAAUUCUUCCAGCAAUUUCUGUCUCGUGGCUUGGUGUCAAAUUUUGUUUGAUAAUCCGCCUCCCUGCGGUGAACCUCGGGACUUCCAAACAGCAGAACCACGAGUUGUUAAGGGAACAAGCAUGCCAUCCUUCGAAGAGCCGCUGUCCUGUCCGAAAGAAAAGGUUCAAAUUCCCUUCCCCAAUCAGCAGGAAAAUAAUUUUCGGGGAUUGAUCUCACGCCUUUGUCGCUGACCCUAUCCGGGCCUCACUUUCGCCGUCCUUCUCUGUGUCAGGCGGGGCUGUUUGGAACAUUCGUACAGCGAUUGGUUACAGGGGUUGCCAGUCAACUCAUUGUGACGUCAGCCUCAGUGGAACGCAGUGUAGCGAGUUUUGUGUCAGUUUCAGAUUGUUACACAACCUCCAGGUGAUUCCCUUUUCCCUGUCGAGGGGAAGUCUGGUCACGGUUUUAAAAAGACAUGCUUUAUAACUGUUUUGUGCAGUUAUUUCUCGGAGGGCUGUGACCUGUGGACGUGCUUAGGGAGUGGGGGAAAUAAUCUAGACGAUAGCGUUACACUUGACCUGUUCCGGCCGCCUCCUGACAGAUCUGAGUAUGGCCCUGAGACAAGCGGCUCGGAGCUUCUUGGGCACCGCCAGGCGCACGGCCGUCGUCAGCUCCUUGAGGACACAGGGGACGGCGAAAGCCUUCAAAGAGAAAGAUGAAAAGGUGGAAGAGCAGAAAAUGACCAAAUUGCCUAAGGUCCAGUUUGACUGGCGUGAUCCUCUGAACCUGGAAAGUCAGCUGACUGAAGAAGAAAUUCUCAUUCGAGACACUUUCCGCCAGUAUUGCCAAUCAAAGCUGAUGCCAAGAAUUCUUCUGGCAAACCGAAAUGAAGUGUUUCAUCGUGAAAUCCUAUCGGAAAUGGGAGAACUGGGCGUAUUGGGCUCGACAAUUAAAGGCUAUGGGUGUGCUGGCACCUCAUACGUAGCCUACGGGCUGAUUGCACGGGAAGUGGAGCGGGUGGACAGCAGUUAUCGGUCAGUAAUGAGUGUCCAAUCCUCACUGGUAAUGCACCCAAUUGCAGCCUAUGGCACAGAAGCACAGAAGCUAAAAUAUCUCCCAAAACUAGCCAAAGGGGAGUUGUUGGGCUGCUUUGGUCUAACUGAGCCAAACCAUGGAAGUGACCCUUCAAGCAUGGAGACCAAGGCAAGGUACAACAAGAGCAGCAACACUUACACACUAAGUGGAUCAAAGACCUGGAUUACCAACUCACCGAUGGCCGAUAUCUGUGUGGUCUGGGCUAAGUGCGACGAUGGGAAGGUGCGGGGAUUUAUUCUUGAGAAGGGGAUGAAGGGCUUGGCCACGCCAAAGAUUGAAGGGAAGUUCUCUCUAAGAGCCUCUCUGACUGGGAUGAUUCUGAUGGAGGAUGUGGAGGUGCCAGUGGAAAAUCUGCUGCCCGGUGCAGUGGGUCUCACGGGUCCUUUCGGGUGUCUGAACAAUGCUCGGUAUGGAAUCGCUUGGGGAGCCCUGGGCGCUGCGGAGUUUUGUUUGGAAACAGCCAGGCAGUACGCAUUGGACAGGAUUCAGUUUGGGGCUCCCAUCGCGAGAAACCAACUCAUCCAGAAGAAGAUGGCAGACAUGUUGACGGAGAUCACACUGGGUCUUCAUGCCUGCAUCCAACUGGGUCGAUUGAAGGAGGAAGACAAGGCUGCUCCUGAAAUGAUCUCCAUGCUGAAGCGCAAUUCCUGCGGGAAGGCUCUGGAUAUUGCAAGGCAAGCACGUGACAUACUGGGCGGAAAUGGAAUUUGUGAUGAAUAUCACGUAAUUCGCCACGUCAUGAAUCUGGAAUCUGUAAACACUUACGAAGGUACUCACGAUAUCCAUGCCCUAAUCCUUGGCAAAGCCAUCACAGGUCUGCAAUCUUUCACUGUACAGAAAUAGUCCCAGCUCUUGGCUGUAUGACUUCUGAAAAUCAGCACUUUGUCGAUUUUGGUUAGUUUGUUUUCAACCAAAUUCUGUCUCAGCCCAUGAUAUGUCUGCUGUUUUGAACAACUUGGCCUCUUCAGGUACAGAAGUAGCUCAGCUUUCAAAACUCCUUGUUAUUCUAAUUGUAUAAUCCGAGCUCAGAGGGCAGACAUUUGCCUGCCUGGUUUUCAAUAGAGCUAUUUGAUUAACACUGCACUGUGCUCUUUCCUCAAGACUCUCCCUUUUGAAUAUUGUCCAAGUACGUUUUGGAAGGUAUUACGGAUUCUGUUUUCAGUAUCAUUGAGUGCAUUCCAGAUUAUAUUUCAUUGUGUUUAAGAAGAACAAUAAUCCUAUUUCCCCAGUUCUUUUCCAAUUAGUUUUCCAAAACUGCUUAAUUUGAAACAAUUCUGUUCUUUUUAGUUCUGCUUCUGAAUUGAUAAUUCAGCACUUUAGGUUUGAAAAAAACUUUUUUAAUGGACAAUGAAUGUGACAUUUUCAAUUAGAGUUUUUUUAAAAGUUUUUACUUUUUGUCUUAUUCUUUACUUCAGUCCAGAGUUAGACCACACAUUGAAACCAUUAACACAUUUUAAGUUUACUUGCGCAGAAAAUCCAGUAUCGCAUUCAACGUCUCUGCAUCUGAAUUUGAGAAAGGAUUAACACGACGUCAGACAAGUGCUGAAAUAUUAAUUCAUUCAUUUGUGCCUUGGAUUUUUUUUAAAAAACAGCUACAUAACAGUAUGUCCUCAACCGUAAACCUUUUGAAUUAUGUUGACAAUUUGUUGCUUACCCUAGCAUCCCCUAAAAAUGCACAUAUUUAUCAGAUGAUAGAAUGAGUACUUUAUGCUUCUAUUCUUUGCAAUAAUGUUACUUUCCAAUCAGAACUGGGAGGACAUGACUCCCACUCUUUCCCUUUUGCAUUCUGUCUCCAUCUAAUGAACCUAGAUUGCCAUUAGUUACUAUUCCCUAUGUAGGAAUCCAUCGUCGUAUUAAUAGCUAAUGGUUUUGAGGUUUGUGGGGAAGAAAGAAAAUCAUGAAUCCAAUCCCCCCCCCCCCCCAAACAAAUUGCAAAACUCAGUUUAAAAGCUACAAAAUUCCCUCUUAGGAGCACUUCUUCCAAUAAAAGACCUCGUCUGGUCUUCAGGGCUCAAGGACAGUAUUUUGAACCAGACUGGUUCAGAAUACACAAGGGUAGGUAUGUGACUAGAAGUUCAUUGACACUGCGUUGAAUUGUUUAAAUUCGAUGGAGUCUCUUGAGAGUUCAUUGAAUCUUAACUGUGUGGACUAUAAGUAGGGUGUGUCUCGAUGGCAAGAGUGAGAGGGACAUUACACAUUCCAAGCAGGAACUGCCUGUGAGGACUUCAGUGGCUUCCCUUGGAGACUCUUAAACACGACAAUGUGUUUCGGGUUGUGUUGGUCUCCUGGUUGAUGAAAAGGAAAGAAAGCAUUUUUCCGACAUGUGAAAUACGCCUCUUCACAAAAGACUGCGUGAUUUAUUGCCGAGCUGACAAGAUCUGUAUCUUUUGAGGCUUGACACUUUGGUGAGAUCAGUCUUUGAAUUUUACUUUCUAAAACCAAAUAAGCCCUUCCCAUUGUGCCUCUCUGACCACCUUGUGCUAAGUUUCCUCUGCAUUCAACUGCCAGACACAGUGGAAAUCUGAAAUUGUCAGGUGUAUCAAUUGAGUUUCUUUUGUCCUUCUGGAAUUGAGAUGCUUCCCCUAUUUUAUACUUUUUCUUUGCCAUGUCCCACUAAGAAUGAAAGCUGACUGUAUUGUUGUACAUGUGGGGUAGGGCUGAACAACAUGUGAUGGUAAAUGGUGCUGUGUCACCGUGUCCUUUGCCAACACUGACAUUUCAAAAAAUAAUUGCUUGUGAAGUUUGUGUUAUGUUUAUAAGCAAUAAGAUAAGAAUUUAAUAAAUAAUUUGCAGUUUGUAGGUGUUUCUAAAGCAAAUGUCUCUUCUGUAAACAUCAGAAUGCAUGGGCACUUUAGAAUGUAUUCCAUAAGCCAUAUUCUAUUGCUGAGACCUAGAUAUUAAUAUGGAUUUGGUUAUCUCAAUUUGAUUUCAGUUUUCUUUUGUUUCUUCCCACCCCAAAAAAAGGAAGCUGCAAAUCUUGACAAUUUGCAAGUUCUUCAGAAAUGAAUAAUAAUGAUUCUCUUUGUAGACAUGUGCUCAUUUUGUUGUUAGAAUUAUGCCUGAGUUCUUUCUUCCCCAAUGCCCAGUCAAUUCUGCUCCAACAAUAACCUCCCGUCAGUACUUUUUCUUGAGUUCACAAGCAAUGGGUGUAAUUUGAAAUUGGGUAUCUUGUCCUCUAAAACGCAGCAGAGAUUGGACAUUCAUGGGGACAUUUGAACUGUGUGGCUAGGGACGGUGCUGCUAGGGGAAUGAGAGGAAAACAAAUGAGUGGAUGAACAUUGAAGUGAAAGGUCCCUGAAGUAGAAACCUGGAGAUUCCUGAUCUAAUUCUGACUGGUGAUAUGUGAACUCUGUGAAGAUCGGCCUCCUAUAUUCAACAACAUGGAUGCUGUACAGAUACACAAAAGUCUACUACUCAGACGUCCUGCUGGAUAUUAAGCAGUGUGUGCAAGAGGAUAUUCUAACUCACUGCAGGUUAAUUUUCUAAAUUUAUUACACACUAAGCCUUGUAUCUCAUUGUUGUCGCAAAUAAAUGGAUUUGUUUUAACCUGUA